AUGCCCGUCUCAAGCUUCUCCACGCCGGAAAAAUACACCUACCUCCAUGGUUUCGGCUCCUAUCACGAGUCGGAAGCCAUUGACGGUGCCCUGCCUGUCGGGCAGAACUCCCCGCAGAAGCCCCCGUACGGGCUCUACGCCGAAAAGCUCUCUGGUACUGCCUUCACGGCCCCCCGCCAUGAAAACCAGCAAACCUGGCUCUACCGCAUCCUGCCCUCGGCCUCCCAUGAGCCUUUUGUGGAGGUAGACUCCUCCACCUACCACACCAGCCUGGCCAAGGAUGCGCAUACUCUCAAACAGAUCCCGAACCAGCUUCGGUGGAACCCCUUCGAUUUCAGCGAGGAUGUGGACUGGGUGCACGGCCUGCACCUGGUUGCGGGCGCUGGAGACCCUGCGAUGAAGGCUGGUUUGGGAAUCCUGGUCUUCGCUGUGGGUAAGGAUAUGGGCAACGAAGCGUUUUAUUCCGCUGAUGGAGACUUCCUGAUCGUGCCGCAACAUGGGGUUCUUGAUAUCCAGACCGAGCUUGGGAAAAUCCUUGUGCGCCCCAAUGAGAUUUGCGUCAUCCCCCGGGGGAUCAGAUACCGCGUCACCCUCCCAGCUGGCCCCGUCCGCGGCUAUAUCUGCGAGCUGUACCAAGGACACUACCAACUCCCUGAACUUGGCCCCAUCGGCUCCAACUGCCUCGCCAACGCCCGCGACUUCCAAGCGCCAACCGCCUCCUUCAUCGACAGCGAGGCGGAAGAGAGCACAAACACCCAAUGGCACCUCCUCAGCAAAUUCAACAACACUCUCUUCUCGGCCCGGCAGGACCACACGCCUUUCGAUGUCGUUGCCUGGCACGGCAACUACUACCCAUACAAAUACGACCUGGGUCGCUUCAACACCAUAGGCUCCAUCUCCUUCGACCACCCAGACCCGUCGAUCUUCACUGUCCUCACGGGCCCCUCAGACCAUGUAGGUACGGCCAUUGCGGACUUUGUUAUCUUUCCCCCACGCUGGCUGGUGGCAGAGGACACCUUCCGCCCGCCCUGGUACCACCGCAACACCAUGUCGGAAUUCAUGGGCCUGAUCUCAGGCGACUACGAUGCGAAAAUUGGGGGUGGGUUCCGACCAGCUGGGGCGAGUUUGCACAAUGUGAUGAGUGCGCAUGGCCCGGAUGCGGAGACUCAUCGGGCCGCGAGUCAGGCGGAGUUGGCGCCUAAGAAGGUCGGGGAGGGAAGCCUGGCGUUUAUGUUUGAGAGUUCGCUGAUGGUCGGUGUGUCGGAGUGGGGGCUAAAGACCUGCCAGAAGGUACAAGGGGAUUAUAACGACGAGAGUUGGAGACCGCUGAAAAGGAAUUUCGAGAACCCGAACAAGAUGAGGUAG